GUGUUGUAGCUGCCCCUAACCCACCACAACAACAACAACACCCCGGGCCGCAGCUGACUGCGCCGACGAUAUCGAAACAUAUCAACAGUUAGAUAUAUCCAACAACAUGGAUAUUAUCUAGUAAUACAGGCUCUUAACUCCUCUUAAGUUCGAUAACAAUACUGCGCCCAGCACAGAAAAAAAGCCCUACUCUGAAGCGUAACCUUUGGUAAGCGACCGUCAAGCGGGUUCGAAGCAAUGCCUCUUAAAAUUGGAUGCUUUGGUUUGCCUAAAAAGUGGCUCCAAGAGUCUUCUUGUUCCUACAUUAAUGUUUUGUGCAAAAGAAGACUUCAUUUUGAAAUUAGACCAGUAAUUCAAUGCAGGUUAAAAUAUCCCGGUGCAGCAGUGAAAAGUAGUAUCCACAGUUAUCAAGGCUCUGCUCACAGAAAAUUGAUUCUGAUCUCUCCAUUUUAUUCCUGCGCCACACGUAUACAUUUUUUGGAGGAAGACGUUCUACCAAGAUGUAACCCAUCACUUACUCAAAUCUGUCGUUACCACAUAUUCUCUGGCAACAGGAAUUCUUGUUAUAGAGUAAAGCAAAACUGUUUUCCUGAAACCUCUUUACACCAUCCUCAGAUAAAUGUAGUUAUUAAGAGGCAUCUUUCUUUAGCUUGGCUGGAUAGUUUAGCCAUUACUCAGGCAAGCUGGUUCCAAGCAUUAUCACAGUCAAGGCUUGUAGAAGGGUUGAUGACAGGUUUGCAAGGAAUUCAUGACCAACUGCAUCUACCAUGGUGGGCUGCCAUCAUUGUGUCAACCAUCUUGAUGAGAGGAAUUCUUACCCUUCCUGUGACUGUUUAUCAGAAUUACAUCAUAGCAAAGUUGGACAACCUUAAGCCAGAAAUGAAUGAGUUGGUAAAGGAAUUGAAGAAAGAGACAGCCUACGCUAUUAAGAAGUUUGGCUGGAGUGAGAGAGAAGCCCGUCUCAUGUUCAACCUUUCGGCUCGCAAGAUUUGGAAGAACUUGAUUAUUCGAGAUAACUGUCAUCCAUUCAAAACCAGCAUAUUACUUUGGGUACAAAUACCACUGUGGAUUGCAAUGUCCAUGUCUUUCAGAAACAUGGCGUCCAUGUUGCCACAUCGUGAUGCAGCGGCUCAAGUGCUCUUCUUGGAAUUAAGCACUGGAGGUUUUGGUUGGAUACCAAAUUUAACAGAAGUGGACAGUUCUCUUAUCUUGCCUAUAGCCAUGGGAAUCAUCAAUCUCAUUAUCAUUGAGGUAAAUGUUUUGAACCGGUUUGGGGAAGCUUCAAAAACGCAAAGAAUUGCUACCCAUGUAUUCCGUGCAGUAAGUGUUGCCAUCAUACCCAUUGCUGCUACUGUUCCAUCAUGUCUUGCCAUGUACUGGGUUACUUCGAGUGCAUGUGGGUUGGCACAGACCUUGGCACUAAUGCACCCUCGGCUACGACACCUGUGUGGCAUACCUCGGUCAUCCUCCCAAAGAGAAAAUCCCUAUCAACACUUAUGGCUGCAACUACAGAAAAGAAUGGAAAAGAAAAAGGAAUAAAAGUAUGUGUCGAAUACUUGGGCAAUCUUGAAUUAUUUAUGAAUCAAGUAAUUUGUAUAUAAAUUAUAAAUACAUGUACAGUUCAA